CAGUACUGCCAAGGAGGUAAUAUGGCACCAGCUGACGUUCAACGAAUUGCUUUGAACAAUGGAAACAGCAUUCCCGUGAUCGGUCUGGGUACCUGGCAGUCUCCUGCGGACCAAGUGACACAAGCCGUUCAAGAUGCGAUCGAUAUUGGUUAUCGUCAUAUUGAUUGCGCUUUUAUUUACCGAAACGAACGCGAAGUCGGAGAGGCAAUCACGAGAAAGCUUGAGCAGGGUGUAAUUCAGAGAAGCGAUUUAUUUGUUACCAGCAAACUGUGGGACACAUUCCAUCGACCGGAUCUGGUUAAACGAGCAAUGCAGAACUCAUUGUCGAAUCUUAACCUAGGCUAUUUGGAUCUCUAUCUGAUGCACUGGCCGGUAGCCUACCGGGAGGGCGAUAAUCUGAAUCCUCUCAAGCCAGACGGCAAAACAUACUUCUUUUCCGAUGUGGACUAUGUGGACACAUGGAAGGCCAUGGAAAAGCUGGUUGACGCCGGUCUGGUCAAAAACAUUGGCCUUGCGAACUUCAAUUCGAAGCAGAUUCAACGGGUGCUGGACGUAGCUCGUAUCAAACCGGUCGUGAACCAAAUCGAAAAUCAUCCAUACUUGAAUUCGUUCAAACUGACGAAAUUCUGUGCUGAAAACCAGAUUGUUGUCACCGCGUACAGUCCUUUGGGUUCGCCAGCUAGACCGGGGGUAAAGGAGACUGACGUUGUUUUGCUGGAGGAUGAAACCCUGAAAGCGAUUGCCCGGAAGCACGGAAAGGAACCAGCGCAGGUGCUGAUUCGCUAUCAGAUUCAGAAGGGUCAUGUGGUAAUUCCAAAGUCGGUGAAGCGAGCCCGAAUCGCGUCCAAUUUUGAUGUGUUUUGCUUCCAAUUGGACGCAACCGAUAUGGAGCAACUGGCCGGCUUAGAGCGAAACGGACGCAUCAAUCCGAAAACUAGAGCUCAUGGUCAUUGCCAUCAUCCGUUUGAAAAUGAAGACGAGUAAAACUAUGUGGUACGGUCAGCUAGACCGAUCUACAUAAGCUAGAUUGAGAUCAAUAGUAUCGAUUAAGCGUUAUAAGCCUAAUAAUAAGCCAGAAGCAGAUUU